AUGCACGGCGCGGAUACAGACACAGGCGUUCAGCGCGAGGAACUGUUGCGACUCAUCUUGUGCCAGCUCACAGAGUACGGAUACGGCAACUUGAGCCAGGCCGUUGCCACACACACCAAAGUGCCAAUGACCACAGACAGCAACUCGCGACUCGCGGAGCUAGUGGCACUGGGGCUGCGCAGCGAGCAGAAGCAAGCACAGGGGGGCGACGGCGCGUCUGACAACGAGGAUGGCCCAGUGACCGGAGGUGGGAUCGAUCUUAACCGCAGCACACAGGCGCAGGCGCAGGCGCAGCCGCCGGCGGUGAUGCCGCGGUACAACGUGUGGUACACGACCAAGCACAAGGGCACGGCGUCCGCAGCGGCCUUCAGCCUGGAUGGGCGGUACAUUGCGACGGGAUCAGAGGACACAUCGCUCAAGUUGAUUGAGGUCGACCGCGUACGCAACCCGUCGGCCGGUGUAGUACGGCGCGAGGACAAGCCGGUGAUCCGCACGCUUUACCAUCACGACGCCGGAAUCACUGGAGUGGCGUUCCAUCCCAACGGGCUAGUGUUGGCAUCGUGCUCUGCUGACCACAGCGUUAGGUUGUUUGACCUGAGUGCCGCGUACGGCAAGCAUUCGUUUCAGAGCAUGCACGAUAACUACGCAUUCCGCGCCAUCGCCUUCCACCCCAGCGGCGAGUACUUGGCCGCCGCAACCGACGCCAGCGAGCUGCGCAUCUUCAACGUGCGCUCAGCCAAGGCAUACCUGUUGCGCGGCGACGCAGAUGCGCACUCAGGAUCAGGUUCAUCCUCUGGCGCUGGCCUCACGAACGUUGCCUACAGCGCGUCAGGCGCAUUGAUUUCCAGCGCGUCGCGCGACGGUUGCGUGCGCCUAUGGGACGGACGCUCCGGCACGUGCGUGCGCACUCUGGCACAGGCGCACGGCGGCCAGCCGGUCACAGCCACAGUCUUUUCGCACAAUACAAAGUACGUGCUGACUGCCGGCCUCGACUCAGCGGCGCGCCUGUGGGAUGUGGCCUCGGGGCGCCUGGUUAAUACGUACGAAGGCGCGGCGAUGGAUGGGCUGAGUGCGCAAGCCGUGUUCUCGCACGACGAGACGCUGGUAAUGGCACCGGACGCACGAUCCAACUCUAUUGUCUGCUGGGACGCCGCCUCCGCCAAGCUACUCGGCCGCGGCGCCGAGCACAAAGACCGCAUCACUUGCAUUGCGCCAUCACCAACAUCACCCGCCUUUAUGUCGUGCUCAGUGGACCACAGCGUGCGCUACUGGAGCCCCGACUGCUAG